GUUUUUGUAGCUGAAGGAAAAUGAUGGAAGAGAGUGGAAUAGAGACAACUCCACCUGGAACCCCCCCACCAAGCACAGGAGGGGCUGCUGCUGCCUCUGCUACGCCUAUCUCACUAGGAGUCCUUGAAGAUGCAUCUGAAUCUGCUUUAUCCAGUCCCCUUGCUACACCAAGCAUGUCGUCGUCGUCUGCAUACUCUCCGCCCUUGCCAGCUGCAGCAUCUCCAAUUCCUCCUAUGAUGACUUCAGCUCCUCUUCCAUUUGUGCCUUCUGCAACUGUUUCUACUAUUGCACCACCUCUGAGUCUUGCCCCAACUCCUGCUGCCCCUUCAGCUUUUAGUACCUCCAUGUCCCAGUUCUCUACACCUCCUCCAUUAAGCUCUACUCCUGGCCCUGGUCUUUCUGCACCACCCACUGGUCCCCCCAUUUCAGGAUUUUCCAUGACCUCAACCUAUGACAUUACCAGAGGUCAUGCUGGUCGAGCACCACAGAGCCCGCUGAUGCCAUCUUUUUCUGCACCUCCGGUCACAGGUGUUUUGGCAGAUCCUGUUACUCAACAAGCAACACUCUCAUCACCUUUGACUCCUGGGACUGUGAGUGGUUCCGCAAUCACUUUUCCUGAGGAGCAUGAAGACCCCAGAAUAUCUACUGCCCAGAGUGGAGCUCCUGGUGGAGGACUGUGGGGAUUUAUAAAGGGUGUAGCUGGGAAUCCCAUGGUGAAGUCUGUUCUUGAUAAAACCAAACAUUCAGUAGAAACCAUGAUCACAACACUGGAUCCUGGCAUGGCUCCAUAUAUCAGAACUGGGGGAGAACUAGACAUAGUGGUUACUUCUAAUAAAGAAGUAAAAGUCGCAGCAAUUAGAGAUGCCUUUCAAGAAGUCUUUGGAAUGGCUGUUGUUACUGGAGAGGCUGCACAGUCUAACAUUGCACCACAGCCUGUGGGCUAUGCCGCUGGAUUAAAAGGAGCCCAAGAAAGGAUAGACAGCUUGCGUCGAACAGGAGUAAUACAUGAAAAACAGCCUGCAGUAUCCGUAGAAAGCUUCAUUGAGGAAUUGCUUCCAGACAAGUGGUUUGACAUAGGAUGUCUGAUUAUUGAGGAUCCGGUUCAUGGAAUACGUCUGGAGGCUUUUACCCAACAUGAGCAUGUGGACUCUCAUCUAAAAGGCAAAGCAGACUUCCUCUUCUGCUUGUGCUAUUUUGACGAAGAUUUAGAGUUUCUGAAACAGAAAGAUUGA